CAUGACCUAACAGCCUAUGACGUGUCCAUAGCCAAUGAGUGGACCUACUGUGAGACAGACAUUGACCCGCACCACCGGAAGUACACUCAGCUGCAGGCCGUCAUACGCUACCUCAUGGGGAAGGAGCCGGAGCUGGAGUGUGAUGAGGACCUGCUGCGUCAGACGCUGUUUGAUGCCGUGGUAACGGCUCCCAUGGAGGCCUACUGGACCGCCAUCAUGCUCAACGCCUCCGGUAUUGAUGACGGGGUUGAGACGGCAUUCCUGGGUACCCGCUCUGGACUCAUGCGACUCAUCAGAUUCGUCGGCCCCGAGAAACGUGUUGGAAAGAAGUUCCUGUCGGAGGCGGAUAAGGAGAACAUCUUCACACUGGACCACUUCCCCCUCUGGUACCGCCGCGCAGCCGAGUACCCAGCUGGGAAGUUCCUCUACUACCUGCCCAAAGAGGACACCAGAGAUGUUUUCAGGGAUUAUGAGUCCGAUUAUAGCGCCUCCAUCAGGCCGGAGGACCUUGAGCAGGAGGACGAGGAUGGAGAGAUGAUCGUGAUCGCCACCAGUGCAGUGACCGUCACAGUGGACAAGAAGGUGGCCAUCGCUGGAGCCGUUGGCGUUCAGAUGACCUUGGAGAUGCUGGAAAAUAGGGUUUGGUCCAUAGCUACACAGCCCAACGACACGGACUGUUCUGGAGUUGAAGGCCUAUGUCCACUCAGCUGUAGUAUGAAUGAGGUCAAUUGCUAUGUGACUGACAGCAAUGCCUUCGUCAUUAUCUCCAAGGACCGAAGUGACGUGGGGCGAUUCUUUGGGGAAGUUGACGGGUCGGUCAUGGCUCAGCUGUUGCGGAUGGGCAUGUUCAAGCGGGUCUCGCUGUAUGACUACCAGGCCAUGUGUAAGGUCGGCACCCACUCAGCAAGCAGUGCACGCCCACUUCUUAGUCCCUUCUAUGGUGUGUUAGGAGUCCUAAAAUGGUUUCUCUCCAACUUCAUGCUGUUCUUGUUGGACUUCAAUUUCUGUGGCCUUUGGCAUUCAGACCAGUUUGUGGACGCUGGAACGUUCCAUGCAACGAAUAAGAAGAAAUCGGGGGACAUUCUGCAGCCGUGUGACACCGAGUAUCCCAGUUUUGUCUACGAGCCGUCAAUCAAGGAGACCAACAGUGUCAUCAAAUGUGGACGCUGUCAGAAGGUGUUUGUGAUCCAGCAGAUCCCUGAUUCUAACCUGCUGAUGGUGGUGGUGCAAGCUGACUGCGACUGCUCACGCCAAUACGGACCAAUCACCAUGAACCCCAAAGAGGUCAAAUAUAUCCUUUACACCAUGGAGCUACUAGAAGACCUGGAGAAAGCCAACAAGUCCCGCCCCCAUUCAUUUCAAUGGGAAUGCUACGCUAGUAAAAAUUGCCAGAAUUGA